CUUGGCGUUAGCGAGCGCUAUUUAUGAGGGGUACAGCGAAUUACAGCACAACCCAACUUGCCACAUUUGCGUUAGCGUAGUCUGUCGCAGUCAUGCAUUCAACGACACCUGGUCCCAUAUGUUUGGCAGCGCACGUGCUUCUGGAUAGCAUCUCUGUCUUUAUCCUAUAACAUUCAUACUUGCCUGGUUACUCUGAAUGCAAGUAAUCUAGUUAUUCACCAUGGAGUGGGCCGAGUAUACUUGGAUUGUCGUCGUCAGCGUACUUGCAGCUUUUUUUACGGCAUACGGCAUUGGUGCUAACGAUGUCGCAAACGCUUUCGGCAGCAGCGUGGCUGCGCGCACCCUCACCAUGCGCCAGGCGCUGCUCAUCGCCGCCGUGUGCGAGUUCAGCGGCGCAGUGCUGCUGGGCAGUGAGGUCACCCGCACCGUCGCCAGCGGCAUCGCGCGGCUAGUCGUGUUCGAGCGCGAGCCCGAGAUCUACAUGUACGGCAUGCUGUGCUCGCUGGCGGCCUCGGGCGCCUGGCUGCUGCUGGCCACCUACCUCAGCCUACCCGUGUCCACCACGCAUGCGACUGUGGGUGGUGUGCUGGGUUUCGCCUUCGUGUACGGCGGACGUCAUGCGGUGGUGUGGCUGGAGCCGCAGGAGGGCUUCCCCUACAUGGGCGGCCUGGUGCCCAUCGUGCUGGCUUGGUUCACCAGUCCGCUGCUGUCGGGUGUGGCCUCCACCUCGCUCUUCCUGCUGGUGCGCACCGCCAUACUGCGGCGGGAGAACAGCCUGCAGCUGGCUCUGUGGUCGCUGCCGCUGCUGGUGCUGGUCACCGUCUUCAUUAACCUCUUCUUCGUGCUCUACAAGGGCUCCGAGGCGCGGCUCACCUGGGACGCCAACCGCUGCGCCUGGGUGAGUGCGGCGGCGGCGGGCGGCUGCUCGCUGCUGACGGCGCUCAUCGGACUGCCAUUCGUACGGCGCCGGGUGUACGAAGCAGCGCUGCUGAGGCGCAAACGCCACCUCGCGCAGAUGGCUCGAGCCAGCAGCCCGCAGCAGCGGGACAAAGACGGGGACCCUGAAAAGGACCGGGAGGUGACCAACCAGGAGAGCGGCAAGUCACCCGCGCGCGGCUCCCACUCCCACUCCCUCCACCCCCACCCCCACCACUCCCUCAACCCCCAACACUCCCACUCCCAUUCCCACCACCACCACCACCACCACCCGCAGCACCUGGCUCGCACCACCGGUGGCGCCUCACCAGCCGUCAGCCCCAGUGACAGCCUCACGAGGGACGCACAACUGCAGCAGCAACAACUGCAGCAGUCAGGAGGGCUGGCAGCGGGUAAUGGUGGUGUUAUGGCGGGUGGUGGUGGUGGUGGCAGGGCGGCACCGGGGCUGAUGAUGGUCAGCCCGUUCGCGCGCGGCAGUGCCACCGCUGGCAGCAUGACGACCAUGGUGCCGGUGGCGAUGGGUGUUGGGAACGCAGCAGGGGCAGGGGUGGCGGGAGCUACUGCAGCGGGAGGUGAGGAGCAGCUGGGAACACAGCAGCAGCAGCAGCAGGAAUCAGGGCAGCAGCAGCAGCAGCUGCUGCAGCAGGUAGAGACGGGGAAUGGGAUGGCGUCGUCAACAGUGCCGUCGGGCAGUCAUGUGGAUGCGGGAUCACAGCAGCUGCAGCUGCAGCAGUGGUCUGCAGGUCAGCAGGUACCAGGACAUGAGGCUGGCUACCAACAACAGGGGCAGUACGCAGCGGCUGGGCAAUACUGGCAGCAGCAGCAGCAAGCGCAGCAGCAGUACUACCUACCGCAACAGCCGUACGACCAGCAACAGCAAUAUGCGUGGCAGGUACAAGGUCAGGGCUGGCAACAGCAACAGCAACAACAGGGUUGGCAGCACUACUAUUCCAUGCAACAGCAGCAGCCACAAGGUCAACAGCAGCAGCAACAGCAAGCAAUUGGCGGUGUGCAGUUCCAGUACCAGCCACAGUUUUACAACAACAACAACUUCAACAACAGUAACAACCAAUAUUGGGAUGCUCAGCAGCAGCAGCAACAACCGUAUGACCCGGCUUGGUCGCAGCAGCAGCAAUGGCAGCUACAACAGCAGCAGCAGCAGCAGCUACAAGGAGGAGUACCCGCUGCGGCCGCAGCCACAGCAACCGACGAGCAGCAGCAGCCAGUCGGCGCCCCCUCAACCCACACCGGUCCCGGUCCGAUAGCGGAGGCCGUGGAAGAGCCCGAGGAUCUCGCCCACCUCGCCCAUCUCGCACGCAUGCCGCAAGGUCCCGGCCCCGUUGCUGAGGCGGUGUCGGGCGGCAGCGCGGGUGGAGGACUGGGGACCGGCAGCUGGCCCCUGACUGGGGUUGCUACGGGGGCGCAUAGCUCGGCGCAUGAGUCGGGAUACGGCGUGGGGGGCGGUGGUGGUGGGGUGAUGGUGAACUCUGGUGGUGGUGGCGGCGGCGGUGGUGGGGAUGGGGAUGGUGGGAGCGAUGGGGAUGAUGACGGCGGGCAGCAGCAGGAGGGCUCUUCUGAGGAGGGGGGCUCGGGUGGUAGUGCGGACAUGCACUGGCAGAAGACCUUCGACCAGCUCAAGGCCGUAGUGCUGCACGGCACCAACGUGGACAUCCACUCCUGCCUGGAGGAGGGCGGGGACGAGGUGGCUGCCGCCAUACACGCGCAGGCAGAGGUGUUCGACCCCUCCACGGAGCACGCGUUCAAGUACCUGCAGGUGGUGACGGCCAUCUGCGACUCCUUCAGCCAUGGCGCCAAUGACGUGGCCAACUCGGUGGGGCCGCUGGCGGCGGUGUGGGCCGUAUACCGACACAUGCGGGUGGAUUACGAUUCUACGCUGCCGGUCUGGAUCUUGAUCCUGGGCGGUGCUGGCAUUGUGGUUGGUCUCGCCACGUACGGCUACAACAUCAUCCGCGCCAUCGGGGUGCGCCUAUCCGUCAUCACACCCGCCCGCGGCUUCUGCAUCGAGCUCUCCACCGCGCUGGUGGUGGUGCUGGCCUCCAAGUACGGACUGCCCAUCUCCACAACACACUGUCAGGUUGGCGCCACCGCCGGCAUGGGCCUCAUCGAGGGCUCCUCCGGCGUCAACUGGCGCCUCUCGCUGCAGUUCCUGGCGGGCUGGGUGGUCACCAUGCUCAUCACGGGGCUGCUGUCGGCGGGGAUGUUCGCGGCGGGGGCGUACGCGCCCAGCGUGCAGCAGGGCAGGCAGCUGAGGAGCUACCAGGAUGCACUGGCAGAUGUGACGAGCAGGUUGGAUUUGCUGCUCAACCGAACCAACACCGCCGCCCUCAGCGAUCCCACCGCCUGGGGAACCUACAGCCCCGACCUAGCAGCAGCCCUGGCUGCGGAUUUCAGUGCGCUGCAGCUGCAAGCGACCCGUGGGUCAUCCACAGCCACGCGACCCGUGCAGCAUGUGACCGCUAACGAGAUGACGCAGCUGCUGGGCCGGGCGUUGGAUACCUAUCUGAACAACAGCUUCCCGUACAUUGGGGGUGUGCAGGCUCGUGACCAAGCGUAAUUAGGCGUAAUAGCUAGCUACGGUGGCCUAGCUUGGGAGCCCUUGGGGGAGAUGGAGUGAAAAGGGGUUGACGGCGAGCAACUGGAACACAACUGUGAUAGGGACUGCGUGUUCGAGCUCCAGAUUGUUACUGUGGCACUGUUGGAGUAUAAUGUGUUUUAAUGUCGUACCUACAUACGUACUGUACUAUAGACUUGGAAGCUUGGUCUUACGGAUGUUUGUAGGUGAAGCCGUUCGAAUUGCCUUUCUUAGAUUGUUGUGAGCACAAGCAGCACACGGUUAGUUGAUGAGAGAGGGGGGAACCGGAAAGCGCCGAAAGGUGGCUUAGGAACGUCGUGUAUCGUCUGGGCUAGCGUGCGUGUUCGUAAUUUCUUUUGCGUUACCGGGCAACACAGUUUGCGUUGCGGCAAGGGGAUAGGUCCUGUUCCAAUGUGGAUGGCAUGGUAUCACCACGUUUCAGCGCGCGGUUUCAUGUAUAGGUGUGACUUCGGUUGCUGUAAACCCACACGCAUAAAUCAGCGUGUCAACAGGGCCGACGUUAUUUUUACCGAAGCCAGCCUAUACGGGACUCGCACUACUUCAAUUGCUUAACGAUAGCCAUGUACUGGGUAAUCUGGUUAUACCUGGCGCACAUGUAGGUUCAAAAGG